AUGUCGCGCCCAGGCACGGCCGAGACCGGGGGCUCCCAGAAGCGCUGGGGCGAGGAUGCCGAGCGCGCGCGUGACGUCGAGCGGGAGAACGCCGCAGGGAUGAUCUACCCAGAGACCCCACCGUCUACCGCGCCAAAACCAGGCUCCCGCGGGGGUGAGGAUGUCCAGCAGGGCGUCGAGGAGGGGGCGCUGGGCCUCACACCGGGCGUGUCGGAGCGGGACGUGAGCUUCGCGCCCGACGUGGAGGAGCCCGUGCACACCACGCUGCCGCACCAGCCGUUUCCGAUCCAGAAACAGGAGUCCGUGCCUCCCUCGCGGCACACGAGCGACCUGGCGAGCCCCCGCGGCGCCAACAUUGCGCGUGCCACCACGGCGGGCGGACCGCAGACCCAGGAGGUCGCGGAGGAAGUGAUCCGGGCGUUCCAGGAGCUCAACGCCGUGCACAGGGAGUCCGCCGUGACCGAGGGCUCCCCCCCGAUCGACUCUCAAGUCAGUUUCAAGGCCGACGGAGGCGCGGACGCCGCGUCCCAGGAGUCCGACGCGAGCCGAGACGAACGCAUCCGUGCGGCGGUCGCGCGCGACCAGGCGGCCGUGAUGCGCAAGACGAUGGAGCGGAUGGAGCAGCAGAUGCUGCAGGCCGGGCUGCGGGGGAAGCAGUCGCACCAGUCGCUCGGGGACGCGCUCGGGCGGUGGGAGGAGGUGCAGAAGGACGUGAUCGAGCGGUGGAACGGCGACAACGACUUCGCGAAGGUGGACAUCAUGCUGGGCGCGUUGCUGCGGCAGGGGGCCUUCGGGGACGCGUACCGGUACCUGCGGAAGGUCGCGUCGGUCGUGGCGGCGAUCCUGAAGAAGCUGCACCGGAAGGGCGUGGAGACGGGCGCGCUGGAUCCGUCGGAGCCGGAGCCCGUGGGGAUUCUCGGGAGCAUGGGGGGCGGGGGCGCGACGGCGGGGGCCACGGGGCGCGGGGCGACCAGCGGCGCCAUGACGAGCCAGGCGCACACGCACCGGCGGCAGGCCGAGGCGAACUCGCAGAAGAUCCAGGAGAUGAAGAACCAGCUCGAGCUGCUGGAGCUGUCGAUGGAGAAGCUGCGGCAGGAGAACGCGGCGCUGAAGAUCCUCAACCACAGCGACCGGCAGACGGUCAAGGAGAAGGAGGCGGAAAUGAGCACGCUGCUGAGCAGGCUGACGACCAAGGGCGCGGAGCUGCAGACGGAGGCCAUGCGGAGCGAGCACAUCAAGAGGACGUUGGCGGCCGCGAACGACCAGGUCCGGAAGCUGGUCGAGGCGUUGAAGCAGUCGCAGGCCGAGACGCGCCUGGCGAACCAGCACGCCUCGCAGCUGCGUUCCAAGGUCCUCGUUGCGCGCGAGGAGACGCGAAUGAAGGGCGGGGACGAGGACAUGCUCCGCGUGAUGCUGACGGACUCGGAGGACAAGAUUUUGGAGCUGAAGAAGGUCGUGGCGUCGCGGAACGCGGCGCUCGCGGCCGGGAAGCGCGCCCACGACGAAGCGAAGGCCAAGCUGCAGGACAGGAUCUCCGCGCUGGAGGCGCAGCUGGCGGAGCGCGACGCCCUGCUGGCGAAGAGCGGCGUUGCAGUGCCGGGCGCGCGCGGCGAGGCCGGUGCGGGGGACGGGGACGGCGCUGCGGACGAGGGCGGCGAGGAGGCGGAGGAGGAGAAGGGCAAGGAGGGGAAGGCGGGGGUGCUGUUCCCGGCGCCGCCAGGGCGGAAGAAGCGCAUGAAGCAGGUGGCGGGGGUGUACGCGGCGGGGCCGGUGGGGAGGCGGAAGGACGGGAGCCCGAAGAAGGGGCGCGGGCGGCCGGCGCCAGCUGCGUCGGAGUCGCAGAAGCAGGUCGGGGAGGUGGAAGCGUAG